GAGAGUUUGAUCUAAAUGUAAGGAACAAAACAAAGGAUCUUUCUUGAUCCUCUACUUGUUUCCUUGCUUUCUUUUAACUUUCUUCUUUCUCCUCUCUUUGUGAACCAAAACUUAGAUAAAUCCCUUCCAUUGCAUCCUCUCUCUCUCUCUCUCUCUCUCCCCAUAUAUAUACAGCAUCAUGAAACACCCCUUUCUCAGGGCAGUAGAAGCCCACAACCUUCACCUCUUCUCCUCUCAACCCCUCCUAAGAAGCAGGGAAUCAACCAAGCUUGCACACCAUGCAAAUGGGAUUCCUCUCGCCGGUAUCCGGUGCUGCUGCCGCCCCCGGCAGUGGGCUCGGCUUCAACAACGUCGCCUCCGCCGCAGUGCUAGCGCCAAGGAAGCGGUUGCGCCAGGUCUCGCUUCUUGGCGAUGACAUGUCCUCCCACCUGCAGCAGCAGGUGCUCGACAUCGAUCGCCUCAUCCUGCAACACGCGGAGAGGGCGCGGGCGGAGCUGACGGAGCGGCGGAAGCGGUUCACGAGGCAGAUCCUCGCUGCGCUGGAGGAAGGCAUGUCGAAGCGGCUUAGGGCGAGCCAAGAAGAGAUCGCAAGGUUAGGGAAGAUGAACUGGGCAUUGGAGGAGCGCAUGAAGAGCCUGUGCGUGGAGAACCAGAUGUGGCGCGACAUGGCGCGGAGCAACGAGGCAACGGCCAACGCGCUGAGGGCCAACCUCGAACAGUUCCUCUCGGCGCAGGCGAGGGCAGAGGAGGAGGCAGCGACCGCCGACGACGCCGAAUCCUGCUGCUGCGUAGGCGACGGGGAGGAGGAGGCCGGCGUGAGGAGGGAGUGGAGGAGAGAUUGCCGGAGCUGGCACGACGGCGAACCGUCGGUGCUGCUACUACCGUGCCAAUGCCGCAAGAAUGGUAGUGUGUGCAUAAACAUGUCUUGAAUUCAACAACAACAGAGCACUAUAUGCAUCUGAUAGAUACUUUAGAGUCCUUCUGGUCUGUUCUUUCAACCAAAUUGAAUUUAUUGG